CCAACAACAAAUGCCAGAUGCAAAUUCAAUACCUGCACUUUCAGUUCUGAGACACUGAGAUCCAGCCGAGGUUCCAAUGGCUCCAAAAACAGGUGUCUGAAAGAAGAAAAGUUAGUUCCAAGUGGAGCUGUGAGUUAAUAAAUGACCUGCUUAAACAUGUUGGAUUCAAGAGGGAACCACACCACAGGAAGCGAGAUUCUGCCAAUGUUGACCAACUUCGACCACAACAACAAAGGCUUUCUUAUCACUGAUCCCAGCCCAUCAGAAUGUGCACAUGCUGUGCACAAGAAGACAGUGAAAGAAAUGCUCAUGAUGAGAAGCCAGAUCCGCUCACAGGAUGACAACUUGGUGCAUACAUUUAAAUGUGCAAAAUCUGAAGAUUUUCCCAAUGACCUGAGUCCACACCUGUUGGGCCCUUCAGGACUGGUUGUCUCCAAUGUUGCAAAUAAUGUCCAUGCUUCUCCUGAAAAUGGUCACAUUACCCCACAAAAACAUCUGCAAAAGCCGCCUCUGCAGGGACAAGCGGCUCCGACGGCUGAAGGCAAAGUGACUUUAUUUCACUGGCAAAUACAGCAAGAGACAAAGAGGAUUGAAGGAGUUUCUCCUGAGCUGCUGAUCACGCAAGAUGCGGAUGGUGACACUUGUCUUCACAUAGCAGUGGCACAAGGUAGACGGGCUCUGGCUUACGUGCUUGCAGCAAAAAUGGCUCAAUGUGGCUCUCUGGACACGAAGGAACACAAUGGGCAGACAGCUCUUCAGAUAGCAGCAGCCACUAACCAGCAGUUCAUAGUUCACGAUCUGCUGACACAUGGAGCACAAGUCAACACUCGAGACGUCUGGGGCCGAUCUCCUUUACAUGUGUGUGCUGAGAAAGGCCAUUUUAUCAGUCUUCAGAGCAUCUGGAGGACCCUUAUGGGGAGUUGGCAGCCGAUUGAUAUUGAAAUGUUCAAUUAUGACGGUUUGACUCCCCUGCACACAGCAGUCUUGUCUCACAACGCUGUUGUUAAAGAGAAGAGGAGCCUGGAGAAUAUUUGUUCAUUCAUGAAAAAGGAGCUGGUGCAGAGGACACAGAAGUAUGUGGAGUGUAUUAAGACUCUGCUGCUCAUGGGUGCCUCCUGUGGGACAAAGGAUCUAAAAAGCGGAAGGACGUGUCUUCACAUGGCUUCUGAGGAGGCAAAUGUGGAGCUGUUGAACAUUUUCCUUGACCAGCCAUCUUCACUCUAUGUUAUAAAUGUUAAGACGUUCAGUGGAAACACAGCCCUGCACAUUGUCAGCUCCUUGCAAAAUCAUAAAACUCAAGUAGAAGCAGUGAAGCUGCUGAUGAGGAAAGGCGCAGACCCGGGGAGCAGGAACUUUGAAAAUGAAAUGCCAUCUCAACUGGUGCCUGAAGGACCCACUGGUUUAAAGGUGCGGCAGAUCCUGAAAGGGAAAUAUUUUCACGCUUAGGAGAAGCUCAAAAUCACUGUCAGUCAGACAGUCCAAUCUAUCAUGUUACUAUUUGCCAAACAAGGCAGAUGCUAGUUGUUUCAGUGAAACAUGCCAACUUGUUCAUUACUGUGUAAUGUCCACAGAGAGAGUAAAGAGAGGAUUU